GCCGCUCCGGCGUCGAUGGCGAGAGGAGAGUGGGGAAGAGAAAUGCAGAAGAGAGCUCUGUUCUUGCUUUCAAGACGAUCUUUUUCAUCAGAACCAGAAAUUCCGACCCUUUACUCGUUCCUGCAACCUUCAAUUUUUUCACUCAAAAGAACCACUCAGCCACAAGAAGCAAUUACACCGAAUCCCCAUCAAAAGCCCACUUCGAAUUCCUUUUCCGAAGCCCAAAAAUCCAAUCUUGAAGCCACCCUUGAGGAGUCCCUUUGCACGAACAGCACCGAUGAGGCGUGGAAGUCGUUCAAGACGCUCACCAGCUGCUCAUCUCUCCCCAGUAAGCCCCUCACCAACUCUUUAAUUACUCACUUGUCGUCGCUUCCUGACACUCACAAUCUCAAGAGAGCAUUUGCAUCAGUUGUUUUCGUGUUGGAAAAGAAUCCGUCUUUGUUAGAAUAUCAAAGCGUGAAGACCCUUUUGGAUUCCAUGAGGAUUGCAGACACUGCCGCCCCUGCUUUUGCAUUGGUGAAAAGCAUGUUCAAGAAUAGGUUUUUCAUGCCUUUUGGUAUGUGGGGCGGUGUUCUUGUUGACAUAUGUAGGAAAAAUGGGAGCUUUGCUGCUUUUUUGGGUGUUUUCCAUGAGUGUUGUAGGAUUGCUUUUGAUGAGAAGGUGGACUAUAUGAAGCCUGAUUUGGCUGCUUGUAAUGCUGCCUUGGAGCAUUACUGUCGUGAGGUUGAAUCAGUUGUUGAUGCUGAGAAAGUGGUUGAAACUAUGUCGGUUUUGGGCGUUAGGCCUGAUGAAAAUAGUUUCGGAUUGCUUGCGUAUUUGUAUGCAGUUAAGGGGCUAAAUGAGAAGGUGAUUGAGUUAGAGGGUUUGAUAGGUAGGCUUGGUGUUUCUGAUAAGCAGAAGUUUAUUCAUAAUUUGAUUUGUGGAUAUGUGAAGUCCGGUAAUUUUCAAUCGGUUUCUGCUACUAUUUUACGUGUUUUGGAAGAAGCGGAAGGACGAGGUUGUAGUCAGGAAACUUGCAAUGAAGUGGUAAAAGGAUUCGUACACAAUGAGAAUUAUAAGAGUUUAGCGAAUUUGAUCAUUGAGUCUCAGAAGCUUGAACCUACAUCCGUUGUGGUAGAGAGAUCUUUUGGUUAUGGUGUUAUCACUGCUUGUAUUAGUCUUGGUUUACUAGACAAGGCGCACAUAAUCCUUGAUGAGAUGAAUGCUCAAGGGGCUUGUGUUGGACUAGGUGUUUAUGUGCCAAUUCUGAAGGCUUAUUGCAAAGAGCAAAGAACAGCUGAAGCUGCACAAUUGGUUACAGAAAUUUGUAGUUUGGGACUUCGGUUGGAUGUUGGUAGCUAUGAUGCUCUAAUAGAAUCAUCUAUGUCUUGCCAAGAUUUUCAGUCAGCAUUUUCUCUGUUCCGUGACAUGAGAGAAGCAAGAAUUCAAGAGUUGAAAGGAAGUUACUUGACGAUUAUGACGGGUCUAACAGAGCAUCAUCGGCCUGAGCUGAUGGCCGCCUUUUUGGAUGAGGUUGUUGAGGAUCCUAGGAUUGAAGUUGGGACUCAUGAUUGGAAUUCAAUCAUUCACGCUUUCUGUAAGGCUGGGAGGUUGGAGGAUGCAAGGAGGACUCUCAGGAGGAUGAUUUUCCUUCAGUUUGAACCAAACGAGCAGACAUAUCUAUCACUCAUUAAUGGCUAUGUGGUGGUAGAAAAAUACUUUAGUGUCUUAAUGCUGUGGAAUGAGGUGAAGAGGAAGAUCUCUGCCGAAGGCGACAAAAGGUUCAAAUUAGACCAUAGCUUGGUCGACGCUUUUCUAUAUGCUUUGGUCAAGGGUGGUUUCUUUGACGCUGUUAUGCAAGUUGUGGAGAAAUCUCAGGAAAUGAAAAUAUUUGUCGAUAAGUGGAGGUACAAGCAAGCAUUCAUGGAGAAGCAUAAGAAGCUGAAAGUGUCAACUUUGAGAAAGAGAAACUUCAGAAAAAUGGAAGCAUUGAUUGCCUUCAAGAACUGGGCUGGUUUGAGUUCUUGAUGAUUGUUACAUCUACCUUUGCUGAUUUUAUUUAUUCAAUUACACAUUAGUUCAUCGCUCGACAGCCAGAUGAAUUCAGGGCUCUCUUCAAACAAAUUUUCACAUUGGAUCAGUGAUAUUUACCACUGAAAGCAGGUAACAGUAACAAAGCUAAGCCUUCAAGAACUACGGUAAAUGUUCGUUCAGAGAAUUACUGUAGAUUCAAGUCCAUAUACUAACCAGCACGUCCGACGAAACAAGCUAGGAUUUUAACAACCCUUUCAUCGAGGUCGUUUUCUUGCUCUUACUGUAGUGCAAAUCUCACGAGAUAUCUGGUACUGAAAAACUACAUUCGAAUUCGAUGAACAAUGAGUAGCUUUCCCUUUCUCGAUUUACUGUUGCAAUUUUGUUGCUAUUAGGAGGAGUCAAGUUUCUGAUGUAUGAAAGUCACUUUCGUACACGGAAACAUUGAUACUAAAGCUUCAUCUCUUGUCUGUUUCCAGACCAGUAAACACCUGUACUUGAUGUUGCCAUAA